GCCCUGUGUGCUUACACUGAGGCCUAGAUUGAGAGACUUGGUUUCCACGAAUUUCAGCAAACCGAUUUUUUGAAGCACUGUUAUAAUUGUUCUGUUUAGAUUAAGAUGUCUAGCAAAGCAAGUUCUUCCAAGAAAAGGUCUCAACAGUUAAAAAGAAACCCAAAAAGAAAAAAUGAUGAUGAGGAAAUGGAGUUACCAGAGAAAAAGGUUAGAAACAUAGCAAAAAAUAAAAAUCCGAAGCAUCUGCCUUCUGAAGGACAAACAGAGCAUACUAAUCUAAAACGGGUUAAGAUAGCAUCCAACAAGAGAAAAACCUGGCAGCCUCUUUCAGAGACUAGUAGAGAGCACUUGCAAACUAUGAUGGACUCAGUAAUAAUAGCAAUUUUGAGUAACAAUAUUGGAGAAAAUGAACGAGUUCAGUAUCAUCUUAACUAUCUGAAGAAAAGAUUGCUACAACUGUGUGAAACCGUUAAAGUCCCUCCCAAAAAGCUGAAAGAUUUAACUAACGUGUCAAGUCUACUGAAAAUGGAAAGGGCACAGCACAGAGCUAAUGAAGAAGGUCUGGCAUUAUUGCAGGAAGAAAUAGAUAAAAUAGUAGAGACCGUAGAGUCAAUGACUGGGAAUAUUCAGAGCCUAAAGAACAAAAUUCAAGUUCUGACAAGUGAGGUGGAAGAAGAAGAGGAGAAAAUAAAACAGAUGUUUCACAUAGAUAGUAGUGGGGUACUCUGUCUUCCAGAACUUUCUCAGAAGAGUCUCAAAGCACCCACACUUCAGAAAGAAAUUUUGACAUUAAUUCCAAACCAUAACGCUCUUCUGAAGGACUUGGAUGUUCUCCAUAAUUCAACCCAGACGAGGAAUAUGUUAACUUUCAUCGAAGAAGCUUAUAAGAGACUGGAUGCCUCUUAAAGAGUUUUUUUAGACUGUUCUGUACUAAUUUAAUGUUUAUGAGUUUGUAAAACUGUUAGCCUAUGAUGAUACUGCAGAGGCUGAGGCUUCUUCAGGUUUUAUUUCCAACAUAUACUUAAAUUAGCUUCUGUAGAUCUAUUAGCAUCUAAUAUAGUCCUAAAAACUGUUUUUAGUAGUUGCCAAAUCUAGGAACUCAUAUUUCUGUUGUGUCUCUGGUUGUUUGAGCCACAGUCUAAUGAUUUAUAAUGGCUGAAUAGAGCUCAUUUAUUGGUUAGUGCAGAGGAACUGUGAUACUGUAAUGUAAUAUAUGUGAAGUGUUUAUAGUGCCCAG